AUGCUAUCUGAUCCUAAUGAUACAUCAUUAAGUUCUAUUCCAUUACAAUUUCUUGUACAUAGUAUACAACUUUCAUGUAAUUUACCAAUUAUUGUUGGUGAUCUAAUCAAUAGUGCUACCCUAUAUGUACAAGCUAAUGUUACAUUUUCUACAGCAAUUAUUGCACAAACAGGGAUAAAGUUCGACGAAGAAAUUCUUUGUCAUAUAUGUCGAAGUCGACAUACUUAUGAAAUAUCAAGUGAAAAACAAACAAUAAACAAAGGUGUACAACAUAUCUUAUCGAUCAACACGACCAUUACAUAG